AUGCCUUCCUCGAAGCGACAAAAGGUUGCGCAAAAGGGCUCAUCUUCCAAAGUGUCUCGCAGAGUCGAGGCGGAAGCUUCUCCGCCCCCAGCCGCCGAAUCUGAAUCCGAGGACGAAGACGAUGUCGAAGCCGAUGCUGAUUCUGAUGUCGAGAUCAAUGCCAAUGUUACUGCUGAGUCCACGGAGGAAGUGACCAAGACCUUCAAGGAGCUUGGUGUCGUUGAGUCCCUUUGCGAAGCCUGCGAAUCUCUCGGAUACAAGAAGCCCACGCCUAUCCAGGCUCAGUCGAUCCCCCACGCCCUUGCGAAUCGCGAUAUCAUUGGUCUGGCCGAGACAGGUUCAGGAAAGACGGCGGCUUUCGCACUCCCCGUUAUUCAGGCGCUCUUGGAGAAGCCUCAACCCUUCUUCGGACUUGUUCUUGCGCCGACAAGAGAGUUGGCGGCACAGAUCGGAGCACAGUUCGAGGCACUUGGUAGUCUGAUCAACUUGCGAUGCGCCGUGAUUGUUGGCGGUCUCGACUUCGUUUCUCAAGCUAUUGCUCUGGGCAAGCGCCCUCACAUCCUCGUUGCCACCCCUGGACGUCUAGUUGAUCACCUCGAGAAGACCAAGGGCUUCUCUUUGCGUUCGCUGAAGUACCUGGUGAUGGACGAAGCCGACAGACUUCUCGACAUGGAUUUCGGCCCAGCCAUCACCUCCCUCCUCAAGUUCCUCCCGCGUGAACGCCGAACAUUCCUCUUUUCUGCUACGAUGAGCACAAAGAUUGAGAGCCUGUCCCGGGCCAGUUUGAGAGACCCGGUCCGCGUCAGCAUCAGCUCCAGCAAGUACCAGACAGUCAAGGGAUUGAUCCAGCACUACUGCUUUGUUCCCCAUACGCAGAAGGAUACCUACCUGAUCUACCUUGGUAACGAAUUCGCCGGCAAGCGCAUCAUCAUUUUCGCCCGCACUGUUGCGGAGGUACAACGGUUGUCGAUUUUGCUGCGCGCCUUGGGAUUCUCCGCCAUUCCUCUGCACGGCCAGCUCAACCAGACUGCCCGUCUUGGUGCACUUUCCCGGUUCCGUGAAGGAACUCGUCAAAUCCUUGUAGCUACCGACGUCGCCGCCAGAGGUCUCGAUAUUCCGCUCGUCGACGUUGUCAUAAAUCACGACCUGCCGCAGGACAGCAAGACUAUGAUCCAUCGAAUCGGUCGUACCGCCCGUGCCGGAAAGUCAGGAAUUGCCAUCAGUCUAGUCACGCAAUACGACCUCGAAAUCUACCUGCGAAUCGAGGCCGCCCUCGGCAAGAAGCUGACCGAGUACCCCACGCAAAAGGAUGAGGUCAUGGUGUUCCAGAACCGCGUUGAAGAGGCACAAAGACACGCCAGAAUGGAGAUGAAGAAUUUGAUGGAGAACCAGGGCAAGAAGGGCUCAACUCUGAGGGGUAGUAAGAACGGUAAGGGCAAGAGGCGUCACGACGACAUGGACGCUGAGGAGGGCUAA